AUGGACCAGGUUGGUGACCCAAUGACUCCACAACGCUGCCGAGAUAUCAUGCACCAGCUGCAUCAGCAGGAAAUCGAGAAGAUGAGGAGCCAGCGGUCCUUUCCGAUGCCUCAGAUAAGGCCAGGUGAUCUCGUCGAGGUCAAGUACGAGCUGAGUCGCAGCCAGCAAACCUUCGCCGUCUUUCAAGGCUUCUGCGUCGAAGUGCGGAACAAGUUCCUGAACUCGGGCUUCGUCUUGAAAAAUACCUACGAUGGAGUCGGAGUGGAGCAGCUGGUCCCACGCUAUUCGCCUCGAGUGCUCGGGGUUCGCGUGAUCCAGGCGCUGAAGCCAAGGUCCGCGAAUGUGGACAAGCGGCCAUUCACCAGAAACUACCGUUAUGCCUGGCACUAUUUUGUGCGUGGCAAGUACUCCUGGGGCAAGCGCCUCCGCUGGCGAUUUCAUACACCUCAGCGGCCUGGCAUCAUGUCACUGGAGCCAAAGAUUCGCCGAGAGCUCGCAGCUGUGCGACGACGGUAUCAGAUGCAGCGCAAGGAGGCGCGCUUGCCACCAUACAUCUUUCCUGGUCCAUACCAUGUCACCCGGAGGCAAACACGGGAAGUUUCGGCGGAGCGUUACCGCCGCAUGCUGAUCUACGCCUGGGACGAACGACAGCAGAGAGAAGCAAAGAAGAAGCGGCUCGCUGACAAACACCGGUGGGGCAAGUUCAGGAUUGACAAGGAGCCCAAGACGACUGCCUUGUCCGACCUUCCAAGCUACCAUCCCCUGAUGGAGAACUUGCCAAAGUGA